AUGGCCGAGGGAAGCGAGCUGACGAUCCAAGAGGUGGAGGAGAGAGAGGAGCGGGAGUAUUUCGCUCGGGUUGUUAACUCUUUUAAGUAUUACAAGAUGCACAGUCUGAAGAGACUACAGAUGAGCAAAUUGUCCUACCUGCAGCUGUGUGACCAGCACAAGAGUCGCAUCCUGGGCUACCUGGAGAACCUGGAGUUGAUCCAGACCUGCGUCCUUCACAACUACGAAGUGAUCAAGCUGAUGCUGCAGGAUUGUCAGUAUAUGUUUUUGAAUAAAGACGAAAGCAUCUCUGAAGUUGACUUUGAAAGAGUAAAGAAACUGGACUGUGCACCCCCAACAACAGAAGACAUGGACAAGGUAUCAACAACCUUGAGGCAGAUAGUGCGAGACUGGAGCGAGGAUGGUCGAGCUGAAAGAGAAGCUUGUUAUCAGCCAGUCAUGCAUGCUGUCUUGACCAGUUCUCGGAAGCCUGCAGACGUCAAGAUCCUGGUGCCAGGAGCAGGGCUGGGUCGCCUGGUGUUUGAGUUUGCCAGGUUGGGCUACUCGUGCCAGGGAAAUGAUUGGAGUCUGCAUAUGCUUCUUGUGUCCAAUUUUAUACUAAACAGAUGCCAGGAAAGAAACUCCAUGGUCAUCUACCCUUGGGUUCAUCAGUACGCCAACAACCUGGCAACAAAAGACCAGACCAGACGAGUCAUGUUUCCAGAUAUAUCCCCACACCAGAUUGGUCCAGAUGCUGAUUUUUCUAUGGUGGCCGGAGAUUUCGCCAAAAUUUAUACUGAACCAAAUUCAUGGAAUGCAGUGGUGACAGUAUUCUUCCUGGACACGGCACACAACAUCAUUGAGUAUUUGGAAACCAUAUACAACAUUCUAGUUCCAGGAGGAUAUCUGGUUAACUUAGGGCCCCUGCUGUACCACUGGUCCGGCUUCCGCAAUAAGAUGUCCAUUGAGCUAAGUUACGAGGAGGUCCGCAAGGUGAUGCUGGAUAUAGGCUUUGAAAUUGAGAAAGAAGAAAUGAAUGUGCGAUGCUCCUACGUACAGAACCCCUUGUCUCUCUCACAGAACUAUUACAACUGCAUCAUGUUUGUGGCCCGCAAGCCGCUGCCGAGACCCUCCCACCACGAGCAGUCCAGUUAA